AUGGGCACAGAGACAAAGAAAGGGGAAGCUGAGGCUAAGGACUUUAAGCCUUACCUCACAAGCCAAGAUGUCAAAGCUGCAUUAGAGCAAAGGCAUGUUGAUUUACUCUCUCAAAAUCUGAAUAACCUUCGAAAGCAGCUGUUUGCCGCUAUCAGCAACGGUAUCAACCCUAUGGAGAAAAAUACUCGGCCAUUGAUUGAAUAUUUACAAAGCUCGCAAGAAGGAGAUGAAUUAUUCGCUGUUUGGGAGCUUCAAAAUCAAAACAAUGUGCAGGCUUUGGAGACAAGCAUAUUAGAUGUUAUAAAGCUAUUUCUCGAUCUAUGCCAUUCCCCAGUCAUUCGGUCAAGUGGAGUGUCCUUGAUCCGACGAAUUUUACAGCAGCAAUUGCGAUACAUUUAUCGUAACCUGACAGCACCGCGCAUCAUGCUACAACAUUCAACCCUUAGGCUACUUAUAUCGAUGAACUCAUUUAGUGCUUCAACCACGCGUGAAAUGCUGGAUACUUUCAAUUUCCAGCUUAAUGGAUUUACCAACUUUUGUAAUUAUCGUCGUAAAGAAAGCAACAAUGCAAAUAGUUGGAAAUAUGAUUUGCGAACGUCAUAUGUAGAGUUUGUUCUAUCCUUUUUCAAGUACGGAGACGCGAGUGUUAAGAAAGACAUUCUACAAGUUAAAGAUCUAGUAUCCCCCAUUUUCAAAGGACUAGAGCGCGAUGCAUAUCAGCUCAUGGAAAUAAUACUUUCAGUAAUGUAUGAAAAUUUCAUCAUGGAUCAAGAUGUACCAAGAACCGUUAAAGUAUCUCUAUUCAACAACUAUGUCCUCGACCAGCUGGCAAAAGUUUACGCUCGUCAGGAUCCCGAUGCAUCGUCACCUACAGAAGCGGAUAUCCCAGCAAACCUCGUGCAUCAUUUUCUCAUAUCCAUUUGCUGUACCCCGGGAGUUGGCGUUUGUUUUCAUGAUGCAGGAUGGUAUCCUCCCAGUAUCCUGGACGGUGGCAAGAAAAGCGGAGGAGAUGACAUCAAGAUCCGCAAUAAGAUGCUUGGUCACUUUGUCAAAGGGCUCCGAGUAUCAGAGGAUUUGAGACAACAAGAAUUAUUAGUGAAAGUCCUGAAAGCAUGUCCAGAGCUGGUACAAGGAUACUGGCAGUCUACCUCGCUUACAUUUGAGCCUCGGCUUUCUUCGAACUGGUUAGCGAACAUGGCCGUUUUACAGAAAGUCCUGAGCUGCCCGCCACCGUCGCUCCUCCUUGGGAAAUUGCAAUUUUAUCCGACAACUGCACCAAGUCAUCUUGUCAUAGCCGAUAACAUUCUACCGACUUGUAUCAGUCGCACAGCCCUCAGUAAAGGUCUCCAACACUCUAGCGGUUUGGUUCGAUACAUGACUAUCCUCACUUUGACUGCAUCUAUGAAAAAGCUCAGUCUCGUCACUUCCGACAUCCAGAAAGUCAUCGAAGCUUUUGAUGUUGAAGAACCGAGUGCUCUCCCAAAUCAACAUACGGAAAAAAUGCAGAAGGAACGAAAUGCAGCUGCUCACAAUUGGAAAAAUUGUUUGCGAAAGGUUCAGGAUGAACUCUGCCGUCGGUUACCUGGUGUCCAACUUCUUGCCACGCUCUAUUCAUCAGCCAUUACCCCAGCUAAACCUGAAUCUCAGGAAACAGGGGUUGACACUGCUGAGGAAAAAAACUUAAUGCAAGACAGCAUUCUGAGAUUGAUUAUGCUAUGUCAAAAGUGCCUUCCUGAAGUAAUGGCUGAAGCAAAGUUCGAUUUUAGUAACUUUAUGCCUUCUGAUUUGAGUGCUGUGAAACCUAUGGCUCAAGUACAUCUUUUGGAAUUACUCAUGACGCUUAAUGAUUUUCGAUGGUCGAAUAAGCCAGCGGGUUCUACCAAGUCACACUUACACGGGCUGUUGACUUUAUUGUUGUCCACUCCAAACAAACAUGUCGAAACAUUGACUCGAAAGCUUCUUGUCAAAACGCUGUCUGACACCUUCAUGUUUAACAAUGACCUUCAAGAAAUCGAACUCUGGUUGGACUCUUUACCACGAAAUGAAGAAAUAGAAGACGCCAAAAUGGUGGAACAUGAACUAUCAGCGCAUCAGGAUAUCAUUUUGACAUAUCUCGACGACAGUAUCAAUAGAUUCAUGAAGUCCCAAUAUAAAUAUAUGGAUGCAGCCUUGGAAAUCGUUCAAAAAACAAACACUUCAAUCCUGGAAGCAGACGCUUCUGAAGACGAUUCUUCUCUAAAGACUGCCCACAACAUUGUUUCACAAGGUGCUGUAUCAGAAGGCCAACCAUUCAGUCCGCUGUUGAUCACCAUUAUGGAGCAAUUUGGAUUUGUUAAGGAAGGAAAGGAUGCUGUUGCGCGUUUUAUCCACAAUCUUUUUCUCAAGCUUGAGGGAAAGCAACUAGUACCAGGAUAUUUGCUGAAUGCCUAUGAUCAAUAUCUUUCCAAGCAUUUGGAGCAGAAUAUUCAAUUGAACGAUUUCAGAUCUGCUACCGGAUGGAACUCUCAGCAUAUGUUAGCGUCAAUAUCUGUCACUUUAAAAAGAUCAUCAGCAGUCCCAAGAGACACCAAACUUUCAUCGGUGAAAACUAAGGCGCUCUCAAGUUUAGAUUCAUAUGAGAAACUGCUAGAUGCACUCCCUAGCCUUCCAGUAGAUUCCUUUUACCAACAUUUCGAUACUCUGUAUCGGAUUUGUGAACAGAAUUCCAGAAGUGGACGCUAUGCAUCACUCACUACGUACAUGGAGCAGCGUCACCCGGCUGUUGGAACCGUUUUUCAAUACCAUACCCUGUAUAACUCAACUGAUGCUGUUUAUAAGCUACUACAGCAGCUUUCGUUUGAGUACCUGUUUCAAAAUGUAGAUACCAAUGAUAUCUCGUCACCCCCUGUACUCUCCCUUCUUCUACAGUCGAUUUCACGCUCGCAUGGAUACCAACUCGUUUCUGCUGCUCGUCGAAUCCUGCUUCUCCUGACAAAUUGUCAAAAGAAUAUCACUGAUUUGACAGGCUGCGUAAAGUCAUGCUUGACAUUACUGGACAGUAUUCUCACUAAAGCUAGGUCCGAAACUGAUCGACGUUUAGUCAACUCUCUCAUUCGAACGAUAUUUAAACAUCCUGUUUUGGUGGAUUCUUUCUUGGAUGUGUCGAAGGAGAACAGUGGUUCAACCAUCAGCGAUGAUAUCCAAACGCUUGUUGUACACCAUCUAAUUAAAGCAGAAGACGUAAGAGAGGAUACUAUCGACACUAAAGAGCUCCAACUGCCUUACAUAAUACAAGUUACAACUUUUACCUUGGAUAUCCUAAAUGAAUGCCGAAGAAGCACGACUAGUAAUGAAUUACUUACAGAUACGCUGGUACAACGAGUUCGCCUCUUCUGUAAGUUCUUGGGCAAGGAUGAUCUGCUUUCCAUUGUCAAAGCUUUAUUGGAAUUAUACCAUUCCAAAGCUAAAAGCAAGACCGCAAAAAACGUUGUUUAUCAACAGCAGUUCAGUAACCUGCUUACUACUACUGCAGUCGAACUUUGCAAGCGUCUUGACGACCUGAGCAGUUUCGAAGAUGAACUACUGACGGCCCUGUUCGCCAUGUGGCAGACACAUCCAACGAAGGAUCUUGACCAUUUGAUUGCAAAUAUCAUGGAAUGGGCCAGCAUCCCACAGUUUGUAGACAACGCAAAAAUCGACGUUGAUAUAUUCAGAAGCAAUGAAAAGAGGAUAUUCGUUCAGAAGCCGAAGUUCAUAGCUGCUGACGCUGUCAAUGUCAUGUUGGAAUCCAUGAAUGAUGAUCGAUCAAGAAUUUUGACCACUCUUCUCAGAUAUCGAUCGGAUUGUCGGUCAGCCUUCAUGGGAUACCUUGACAGACACGAUAUGCGCAAAACUGUAACACUGGGUCAGAUGGCUCCGUUAAUGCUAUCUCUUCUGUCCGGAAUGAAAGCAUCUGAUAUCUCACAGUCUUCUGAUGAGAAACAGCUCGCCCUCAGGAACAAAGCCAUCAGGAAUUUCCUCAAGAUGUACGAACAACCAUUGUUCAGCACUGUGUUUUCCACCAAAGCAUCCAUUGGCCAUGAUGAUAUCAUACAGGCGAGCACUCUCCUUUGUGAAAUAGCAAAUACACAGUCCUUGCCUGAUCUGCGCUCAACAUUCUUAACCUGGUGUCGCAAACCCAAUGUAGACAUGAUCAGUGGCAGUGUUACGCGUGUGUUCUCGCGAUUGCUACAACUCUCUACAGUUGAAGAGGAGAAAGUCAGAUUUGCAGCGAUGUUCAUCAACUUAUUUGUAUCUUGUCUAACCAAACCCGUGAAAAAAAGGUCGCUAGAGCGAUUGUUUGACCUACGAGGUAUUUUGUUCGAAGUUGAAAACAGUCUGUUCGACAUCAAGGAUGAGUUCCUUCCGGAUCUUGAUGCGGAAAUCAUCCAAGAAUACGUACUUGCUGUUAUAUUGGAUGAACUUGAAAACACGGCUUUGAUUCGCUUCACCUCCAUUCUGAUUAAUCUCAUGAAAAGACAGUACUCCCACGAUGAGCCUGUCAGCACUUAUCUUAGAAAUGUUGUGGAGCACAGUGACUUCAAGAGACUGACUGCUAGUCACCCAGAAACGGCUGAAGACGAUAAUAUUAAACAGCGCAAUGCCAUAUGCUGGCUGGUACACUCACUGGUACAAGUCCGCCCAUCCGCAAUAGCACGCAAUCCCGCAUUGCUGGAUCCUCUUCUUUGCAGCUAUGGUGCAACAACCUCAGAAGCAGAUCAGUUGAUCUUGUCAGUUUUGCAUAUUUGCGAAAAGCAUUCCAAACAUUCUAUUGCUGGAAAGGCUCUUCUUUGGGGACCAGGCUCGGAUAAGACAAGACAAUACCAUGUAGAACGUGGAUUGAUGUACAAUAAUAGUGCGUCUAUUAAUGAAGCCGUCAGUCUCCUUGAUCCAUCUUUAAUGGUGAAUACCUGCAGCAACUUCCCUGUCGACCUACCAUUGGAGCGCGAAUUUAAUAUCUGGAACACCAUGCGGGAUAUAUCUCGCUCACAGACUACAACAGUCUACGAUCCUGCAUUCAUCAUGCCAUUGCUUGCCACUAUGCUGGUAUCAGGAGCAGUUGAUUGCCGAAAAUUUGUGGAGUGCAAUGCUGUCGGAAUGAUGCUAGUUUCACUAUCAUCAAAUGUUAACGACGUUCGAAAAGUUGGUUAUAUGCUCCUGGACGAUUUCUAUGUAUUACUGCAGCAUGCCAAUUUCCGGGAGCAAAAGCAAAUCAUGCUUCUGUUGAACGCUGUCAAGAAUGCUAUUGCAGUGCGAAAUGUGGAUAACGAUUUUAAACGCAUACCGUACAUCAUCACUGCGUUCGCUUCCCAAGCAAUAUCCAUAUUGUUGUCUGCCGCUCACUUUAUGUACCCUCGCGUGAACACCUUCCUUCUUCAAAGGCAGCUCAUUGAUAUUGAGGAUAUUCCACUAUUCUACAAUCUUUUCAAUACGUCCGCUGAAAACCAUAAGAGGGAUAGAGCUUGGAUUUUACGACUUCUUGGAGUAGGCUUACACACUUUUGACGACCAUCGCAUUUACAAACGUCGUCAUGUCUAUGACCUCAUAACAGCCUUCUUUGAUUCAAAGUUGGCAGACAUGGCAUCCCAGCGACUUAUUUUGGAUGUGUUGUGGCAAGCAACAUCCUCGCCAUCCAUCACCUUGGAUCUGGCGCGAAAUAGUGGGCUGCUUAGCUGGCUUCAUCAGCUUGCUACUUCGCCGGCCAUCAGUAGCGAAGAAAUCCAUGUUGUAUGCUCCAAACUGCUGUUGAGAACGCUGCGAUCAGCCCGAGCCAGCCGCAGUGGAAAGUGGUUCAUUGCUGAUAUUCCACAAAGGCACAUUGGCACCAUUGCUAUUGCUCUAUUGAAGUCCAGCAUUGCAGACGACCCAAGCGAUACGGAAUCAGCAGUAGUUUCUAUCAGGAAGAUUCUCUUCGUCUUGCAAUUACUUCAUGAGCUGGCACUACACUCUGGUGAAAAUCAUUUAACCAAUCUGCUUAUGGAGCGCAUUGUUUCGCAUUUACGAUCUUGCGAAGGUUAUCUUACAGUAACGACCGUUCCAUCCCAUUUCCAGCGCUUGGAUAUGCUUAAAACAGCGAAGCAAGAAAUCGAUAUGAGAGCUAAACACAGUGGAUCUACUGAUCAGGAUACAUUGUACUCUCUUUAUCAACUAUCCGUUUUCUACCUACUGGAGUUGCAGACUCACCGCAUCAGUCAUGCUCAAGUCCACAUGUCGGCUGGUGACAAAGACACGUUUAAAUAUUUGGCAGCUCGUGCAAUUCCAUUGGGAUUUGGUGAAAAGGUAUCUGAUUGGAUGACACAGUGUAUCAAUUUGUUGCCAUAGAUUGUUUCCAUCAAAUGUAAAUAGACAAUGUAAUCGAAGACGUUCAGUUUUAUAAAAUGAGGAACAAAUUUAGAUGAAUCUCUUUGUGUAGC